AGCAGACCGCUGGAUAGAGGAGCCUCAAGCAAGCGGGUCCAGCAGGGGACUAUCCAGUUGCUGCUGGAGUGAAGCCUCCGACAACGAAGCGUUUACCUGGCAGCUGUUUAUAUGGUCUGAUGAGUAUUCCGUCAGCCAGUAUGGAGAUGCAGACCUCCACUCUCGGACCCCAGUACAUGGGGCCCCAGGGUAAGGUGCCCGGCAGGAAGAGGGGGCGCCCCCCUGUUCGUAAACUGGAGUUCCAGAGCCGCUACCCUGAGCCCCUCUCUCCUCUUAAGGUGCCCAAGAAGAGAGGCAGGAAACCUGGCUUUAAGCUGAAGCCCAGGAUGGUGAUGUCCCCUCUGAUGAACUCUCCUCCCAGCAGCACUCCAGAGAUGAACUCCAUCCCGCAGGACACUGCCAUCGUACCCCACUCUGCCACACCACAGGCCCUCGCAGCAGAGACAUCAAUGCCUGACGACUUCUUGUGUGACCCGGUGGACUCCAAACGCUACGCGGUUGACCCAAGUGACUCGGCCUUCAGCGUCAUGACCUCUCAGUUCCAACCCAAGCACUCUUACACUUACCGUGGCAGCAGCAGUUGCUCCAGCCCAACAGGCCUAUACAGACAAGCGUCAUGUCCUGCAGGCUUCCAAGAAGGAAACAGAAAUGCUUAUAGCCCAGUGCCAGAGGUUGGGGAGUAUAAGCAUCCUUCAGGUAAGGACCCAUCCAGAUGGGGUGUGGAAGAAGUGGUGUGGUUCAUCAAAGAUGCUGACCCUAAGGCACUCGGACCCCAUGUUGAAGCCUUCAGGAAGCAUGAGAUAGAUGGGGAUGCUCUGCUUCUGCUGAAAAGCGAGAUGAUGAUGAAGUAUCUGGGACUGAAGCUGGGACCUGCGCUGAAACUCUGCUAUCACAUUGACAGACUCAAACAGAACUGGUUGUGAUUUGCUUCAGGGGGGCCAAACGCUGUUGUGACUUGAGUGCUAAUUCACUUCAACUAUCUCCAACUGAUAUGGUUUUGAUUCAGUAAUGAUUUCCACCAUAUGCAACAGUCCAUGAACUUCUUGGGAUCCACAUUACAGACUUGACUGCCUCUUACUUGCUUCUGCACCACAUUUUAUUUUCAGACUCAUGGAAAAGGUCGGCCAUAUUUAUCAAGACUAUAUUUAUGGCUGGAGCCAUUGUACUUAAUUUCCUAUUUCCUUUUUUUUUUUUUUUACUGGGGUUGGUUAAUAGCAUUACAUUGUAAAUAGUUCAGCUAGACACAAACGGCAGCUCUUUAAAAAUUUGAUGUGGAAUGGCUUUUCUGCAGAGGGAUUUUGGCCAUUAAUCUGACUGUUAACUUCUGCUUGCAGCAAGGACCGAAAUGGGUAGCAGACAGUCUAUGUUUUUAUCAGUUUUACCAUGGAUAACAUAUGGAUGGCUCUGAAAAUCUGAAUAGACUGGCCUUGAAACAUGCAUUUAUGGUGCUUUACCUCUACAUAACAUGCUAAGCUAAUGAUGCAAUCUUAUCUGCAUUUAUCUGUGCCUAAGGAGUUUAAUGUAGACAUGACAUUUGUUGCCUAUUACUGACAAAGGACAGUAACCUGAUGAUAGUUUUGACCCAGUUAUGUCUCACGCACAUAUCUAAUAUCUGGUAUCUAAACUGAUAUUUACAAGCAGGUCAUCGUCAUCAGUCAGUUAACUGUGAAUAGAAUAAGAGUAGAUAUGGACAUAAUCACAUGGUGCUCAUACUCGAGAGCAAGGGAGGAGGGAGGCAUUGUAAUCAAAACUGAGAGGUACCGGGGUGUGACUACCACUGAGUGUUAUAUUUUUAUCUGUUUAGCAGAAAAUAACAAAUGCCAGUCAUUACUGAUGGCUUUAAUUGAACAGGAUUCAUUGGACAUGCCCUUUUCGACUUCUCUGGUAAAGAACUUGUUCACAUAUUGAUUCAGUCGGGAUGCAAAAUGUUGUCAGUCAAAGGAGCUUGUAGCAAACUCUUAUGACAUGAAAAAGCCCUCAUAUUGCUCAUAGAGACCCCCACAGCCAGUUAACAUCUUACAUUCUCCAUGUAACCUUCAGGUAAGGCUGCAUUUUUCUGUCCUCUCAAGUGCUAACCUUAAACUUUUUUUUUUUACACCCGAGGGCCUUGAAGCAUCAGAAGCAUGUCAAUCUUUUGUUUUAUUAAACAAAAAAGUAGCACUCUGCCUGUAUUAGUCUAUCUGUUAGUGGAACAAAGUCUGCAUUAAAAUGACCCAUAGCUUGGUCAUGUAGUAACUGAAUGUGGUUGCUGUAUCUGUUGAUUAGACGUUACACAGCCGCCACAUAAUUAUUUUACCACUGAAAGCUGCUGUAAUCACAUGAUGUAAAACCUAUGAUAAACUUAAUAUAUCUAUAUAAUUUAAAGGUAAAACUGGGUAUUUUGUUAAUGGUAUGUUUGCUAUCUUUUAUGUUACGUCGAUCUUUAAUCAGCUAUAUCUUUGUAUUGUAUGUUUUAAAGAUUUGAUGGUGCCUCUUUACCACAGAUUUAUGUAAAUAUUUUUGUGUAUCUAACAAUGGUGUAUUUCCUGAUAGU